GGGGACCUGUCAAUCAACACUCGAUCCCUUGCCAGCACUAUCAAACUCGGUUGCGGUAUGAAGUUUCUAAAAUGACACUUUGGGAUAUUUUUGUCGGCACAAUGUUGCUGUUUUUGUCUAGAAAGAAAUUUGUGUAGUUGCAGUGAUGAGGCGUGGAGAUCCUCUCCCUCGAGCCUUCCAGGCUCCAGUGGAUGUACACGCCAGUGCGGAUGGCCAAGUGUACAUGUUCAGACACAGACAAGAAGAACCGGAAGCGUCAUCUGAGGAUGAGGAACUCAAUGUCAUGGAGCUCCGGCCACGGAGCCGAGAUUCAUCCUCACAGGAGAGAGAAAGAGUGGGAGAAAUGCUUUUGCUAGAACGGGACAUUUCCCAUGAGGACAAUCUCAGCAAACUGGCCCUUCAGUAUGGAUGCAAGGUGGCUGACAUAAAAAGAGUGAACAACCUUUUUCAAGAGCAGGACAUGUAUGCACUGAAGUCCAUCAAAAUCCCUGUAAAGAAGCAUAGUCUGCUAACCGAGGCCAACUCUGAGCUCAGGAAUCCCCAGCAAAGACCAUCCCACGACGCAGCAUCAUCAAACAGCGCUGAAGCGAGCCUCUCGGGAAGACCUCAGGUGCAGGAGUUCACCAAUUACCUUAAAGAAGUGGACAGUGACAUUGAGCGUCUGAUCCAAAGCACAGACCCCUCAGAAGAGGUAUUUCCGGGUGAUUCCAGGGUAUCCAGACGAUGGGGAUGGAGAAGCCAGCACUUGCGCAGCUAUGGCGCAGACUGGGGGAUCCAGUGGUGGAACGCUGUAGUUGCCAUGUUACUCAUUGGCAUUGUCCUACCAAUAUUCUAUGUGGUAUAUUUUAAAACUCAAGAGAGUGGUGAAUCUGUAGUGGACAAUGGAGUGGUCAAUAUAUCUCUGCCUACCUCAAACAGUACAAGGGUGAGCGUCAGCUCAGUGAACCCUGGGAAUAUAAUGGGAAACCAUCUUGAGAAAAAGCAAGUAUAACAAUGGAAAAUAUUGUAUGUUUGUGUAGCCUUAUCAUUUGGUUUGAUGCCUAUCAUUUUCUUUGGUACUUUGCAGAUAAACUUAGUAUUACAAGUUGACUACAUCUACAAGUCUUUGUAGACACCCAUAUUAUGGUAGAUUCACUUAGUGAAUUGAUGAGCCAUAAUAAAAAGGUAAGUUUUGGGUUCAAAAGAC